AUUGACUCCCUUGUUUAACGUUUCAACGAAGACACGGUGUUUUUUUUCUGAUCGAGCGCACCGCAGACUGCAGUCGUCUCUGCCUCCGAGCCGCAGCUUGUCAUUCCCCGCUGCCCAGGGUCUCUCCCUCCGUCACGACAGCUCGGACCCUCCCGCUGGUUUUCUCCGCUGGUUGCUCUCCGGCUGAAUCUCGUCGGGAUGGACCCAGCCAGCCGGUACCGAGUGUUGCACAACGAGGAGGACUCUCCGGAGGCCUCCACCAGCGAAGAGCAGCCGUGCACUUCUGCCGCUGCCCAGGCCAGUAUGUCCAGCCAGGACCAACUCGGCCCGGCGGCGUCUGGCACUCAGGAGGAGGCGGAUGCACCUCCGCCGCCUUACGCCUCCAUUGAACAGGGAGCGACUGCUGCAGCGCCAGAGACUAGUUACCGAGUGGACUUCCCGGUACCCCCGCCGUACAGCGUCGCCACCUCGCUGCCCACAUAUGAUGAGGCGGAGAAGGCCAAGGCGGCCGCCAUGGCGACCGCCGCCGUGGAGGUGAUGCCACGGGAUGACGAAUUCCCUGCCCGGGAGGAUUUCAGCGACGCUGAUCAGCUGCGCGUCGGCAACGAUGGAAUCUUCAUGUUGGCCUUUUUCAUGGCCUUCCUGUUCAACUGGAUCGGGUUCUGCCUGUCCUUCUGUCUGACCAAUACCAUCGCGGGACGCUACGGCGCCAUCUGUGGCUUCGGCCUGUCCCUCAUCAAGUGGAUUCUGAUUGUCAGGUUCUCAGACUACUUCACUGGAUACUUCAAUGGUCAAUACUGGCUGUGGUGGAUCUUCCUGUUGCUCGGUCUGCUGCUGUUCUUCAGGGGUUUCGUGAACUAUCUUAAAGUGCGCAACAUGUCGGAGAACAUGGCCACGACUCACAGAACGCGCCUCUUCUUCCUCUACUAAAAAGGUUUCUACAGCAUCGCCAUUCUUCACCGCUGUGAAGUCCCCUGCCCGCGCCCCUCCCCUGGAAUGACCCCAGCGACAGGCCUUGCAGCGAAGAGGAAACGGGAAAGGAACCAAGGACAGAUGUAGGAAGAAAGUGUUACCAGUCUCAUUUAAAAGCAGAACGUGUCUCACUCUCAGCUUCUGAACCAAGUCCUUCAUUAGCAGACCUUUUCCCUGGCUUUGUUUUUUUUCCUUUUUUCCCGUCCUUUAAUUUAACGCACUUGAUACCCUUCAGAAAAUAUUUUGAGAUACCGUAGUUAAAUGAGGCAAAUUCAGCCGACCAAAACGAGUCAGCCCAACAGUCGCAGGGACGCUAAAUGAAAGCACAAUGAAACAACUUCAAUGCAGGAAACUCAAUUGUUUCUGUAGCGCACUGCCUAGAAUAUUUAACAGGACAUCAGUAUGGUCUGUAAACAUUUUGGAACUUUUCAAAAAGAAAAAUGUGCAGGAAGUGGAAGCCCACUCCGAGCCUCUGAUAUUCAACCUCCGGCUUUGCAUCCAGUUUGAGCUGUGGCAGUUUUUUUUCUUUAGCACUAGCUUUGUCAUUCCAAAUUCUACCAGUCUUACUUUAACAGUGAUGUAGCGGCUCCGCGCCCUUUACUUCCACUUCGGGCCCUUUCAAAAAAAAAAAAUCUGGAAGGCGAGAGUGAAUGUGGAAGACUUUCAUCUCGAGGCGCGAGAAGAGGCAGACGCACGCUAUCCGUUUACAGAUCACAGACCCCGAUGCUCUCGAUGUCUUUGAACCAAAGGCCCCUGAACGAGGACCGCGCAGACGGUUGCUAAAGCAGUUUGAAUCAAAGAGCGUCCACCAAAUUACCCAAAAUGUAGUCAUCUGUUGAGGGAGCCCCGGUGUGCAGGGGGGCUCCUCAUCCAGGGGCCUGAUAAGAAGCAUUCCGAGUCCUUGAGUGAAGCUCUUUGGAGCAACAGAGUUUUCUGUAAUUAAGUCCUGAUCAUGGGUUAGGCACAGUUGAAUAGUUCCUCCCAGAGGUGCUCACUGAACGUGUGUGUGCGUGUGUGUGUGUGUGUGUGUGUGGUGACCACUUGCCAACGAAAUGAUUUGAAUUGCCAAUAAAUCAGAGGAAAAUGCAAUAAAAGCUCUUAAAAUGUGACAUGUUGUGCAUGAUUUUGAGAUCGCAUGGAUUUUAGUUAUGAUUACAGUCUAAUUGUCUUCUCAUGGAGUGAGAGGCUUUUGGUAAUUUCCUUUUAGAAAGGUGUCUUAAAUGUGAUAAAGUGAGAAGAGUAUCUGCAUCGCCAUUUCUCACGAGUGUAACAGCGUCGGGGUCGUGGAGGGUAAAUGGAGCCUGGCUGGAUAAAGGAAAAAAAAGCUUUGUUUGAUUACUUUUCUCAUCCAUUAAAUGAGAUGUAUAUACCAGCUUAUGCCAAUUCAUAAUAUUUGCACUUUGAAGAACUUCUGUACAGUAUGAUUUAUGAAUCCGCUUAACUUUAUAUGGUAGAUAGAAAUAUAAGUACAUUUAUCACAGUCAUCAAAGUUUUACAACUGGAAUUCUUAAGUCAUCCCAAAUGGACAGUUUGCCUUUUGCAUUUUU